AUGGAGCCAGAAGUAUAUCCGAUGAAUGGGGGAGAUGAUUCUUACAGCUACACCAAGAACUCUAACUAUCAGAGAGAAGCUUCAAAUGUCGCGAGUGAAAUGAUAAAUGAAGCCAUUGCAAAGAAUUUUGACGUAAAAGGCCUCACAUCUACUUCAAACACAUUGCGCCUAGCAGAUUUGGGAUGUUCAGUUGGGCCAAACACCUUCAUUGCCAUGCAAAAUGUACUUCAAGCCAUGGAAAAAAAAUACCAUUCUCAAGGCCUGAGUACUAAAAUGCCGGAAUUCCAAGUGUUCUUCAGUGACCAUGCUUCCAAUGAUUUCAAUACUCUUUUCAGCUCUCUCCCUCCCGAAAGGCAAUACUUUGCUGCAGGGGUUCCAGGUUCUUUCUAUGGCCGGUUAUUCCCCAAGAGCUCUCUCCAUUUUGUGUACUCUUCUUGUGCACUCGAAUGGCUCUCAAAGGUUCCUGAAGAUUUACUGGACAGAAACUCUCGCGCAUAUAAUAAGGGAAGAAUUCACUACGCAAGUGCCUCAGAGGAAGUUUUUAAUGCUUACACAUCUCAAUUUGAAAAGGACAUGGGGAUCUUUCUUGAUGCUAGGGCCAAAGAGACUGUCGUUAGAGGGAUGAUGGUACUUAUCAUACCCGGUCUCGAAGAUGAUAUCCAUUAUUCUCAGCUCUUACCAGGUCUGACACUUGAUAUUCUUGGGUCCUGCCUCGUGGAUAUGGUUAAUGCGGGAUUACUUGAUCAAGCCGAAGUGGAUUCGUUCAACUUGCCUAUGUAUUUUCCAUCCCCCAAAGAGAUGGCACGGCUGGUAGACAGAAACGGGUGUUUCAGUAUUGAGAGAAUGGAGAUGAUGAGGCCACGGUCAAAGACGGACGUUCCACUUGAUCCACAGACUCUAGUAAUGCACCUAAGAGCCGGCCAGGAAGGGGUUUACACCAAACAUUUUGGGCGAGAAAUUGUUGACAAAAUGUUUGAAAGGGCUUUCCGAAAAAGUGCAGAGUUUUCCCCCCUUCUGGACUUAAGCAGCACAAUGAAAUCCCAACUGUUUCUUGUUUUGAAGCGCAAGUAAUGCAAGUUGUAGAUGUUCUUGGCCUCCAUGAUCAUCA